AUCAAUUAAUCAGUCUGAUGGCCUGAUAGAAGAUGAUGUCUAGGAGCCUGUUGGUCCUUUUGCUGUGGUACCGUUUCCUGGAUGGUAGCAGUAGGAACAGUUUGUGGUUGUGGUGAAUUUGGUCCCUGAUAUCCCUUGGGCCAUUUUUACACAAAACCAUACCCUACCAACCAGGCUGCUAUCCAAACUUUUUUUUAAUGGUGAAACCGAGCUCAUAUUCACCACUUGUGCUGGCAUCUCAAUCCACACUCUCACAACCAUUUCAGUAAAGAGCUUUUCCACAUGUUCCCAUUACAUUUUCACCUUCCCCACUUACCCAUGACCUCUGAUUGUCAUCCCACCCAACCUCAGUGGAAAAAGCCACUUGCAUUUAUUUACCCAAUCUUCUCCUUUAUCAUUUUGUAUGCAUCUGACAAAUCCUCAAAGCAAUGUGUAAUUUCCUUGUUUAUGUUUAGUGCCUUUUCUAGGUGUAGAGGAUGAUGAGGGGCAUUGAUCGUGUGCACAGCCAGAGGUUUGUUUUCCCAGCGCUGAAAUGUGUGGAAUGCACUCCCGGCUUUUUCAGUGAGAGUGUUUCAGUUACUGUGGGGCCAGGACCCCAUGCAGCUCAGUGGGAACAGGGAAUAAUGCCAAUGGAGAGAGUCAAACUAAGCCAGGUCACAGAUCGGAGAUGGCAGAAAUGCCCCAUUCUUACAGAGACAGGAAGAGCUUCAGAGAGUUUGGUGGUCAUUCCAGAUGCCAGCGCUGUGCCCAGUUAGAAGAUGAAUUCUCUCUCCAACUUGAGUUGAAUCUCACUGUAACAGUGUGAUAUCAAUUCACAGCUUGACAACUCAGUGAUCUCAUCUGAAAUGUUGUCCUGCACCCACUGAUGGAUUUUGUUCAUCUUUUUACAGGUUACAAAUCACAAGGAAUUUCUCUACGUAAAUCUAAAACACAACACACCAGUUUUGCUGUCUCUGUCCAGGUAUUUAAGAAGUGGAGCAAGGGAUUCACUCGGUCAUCCUUCUCGCUCAGACUGCAGAGAGAGAUUCACUUUAUGAUCUGACCAACUGCCACGGCUGUCAUUUUGAACAGGCGAUUCCCAUUCAUCUGGUCAGACAGUGGGAAUGGAUUCAGAUGGACAUUUCAACUGAAGGGACAUCAAUAAGUUCACACUGGGACAAGGCCAUCCACCUGUUCUGUGUGUGAGAAGGGAUUCAGUUGGUCUUCCCACCUGUUGACACACCAGUCAGUUUACACUGGGCAGAGGCUGUUCAUCUGCUGAAUUUGUGUGGAAGGUUUUACUCGGUCAUCUGAACAAAUGGUUCACCAGCGAGUCCACACUGAGGAGAGGCUGUUCACCUGCUCAGACUGUGGGAAGGGAUUCACUAAGUCAUCUAAACUGAAGCUACAUCAGAGAGUUCACACUGGGGAGAGACCGUUUACCUGCUCGGACUGUGGAAAAGGAUUCACUGGCUCAUACCAACUGAAAGUACAUCAAAGAAUUCACACUGGAGAGAAGCCAUUCACUUGCUCAGACUGUGGGAAGGGAUUCACUUGCUCAUCUAAGCUGAAGGUACAUCAGCGAGUUCACACUGGAGAGAGGCCAUUCACCUGCUCAGACUGUGGGAAGGGAUUCACUUGCUCAUCUAAACUGAAGGUCCAUCAGCGAGUUCACACUGGGGAGAAGCCAUUCACCUGCUCAGACUGUGGGAAGGGAUUCACUCUGUCAUCUAAACUGAAGGUACAUCAGCGAGUUCACACUGGAGAGAGGCCAUUCACCUGCUCAGACUGUGGGAAGGGAUUCACUCAGUCAUCCCACCUACAAGCACACAAGUCAGUUCACACUGGGGAGAGGCCGUUUACCUGCUCAUACUGUGGGGAGGGAUUCACUUUGUCAUGGCAGCUACUGAGACACCAGUCUGUUCACACUGGGGCGUGGCCAUUCACCUGCUCAGUGUGUGGGAAGGGAUUCACUCAGUCAUCCACGCUAAUGGCUCACCAGCGAGUUCACACUGGGGAGCGGCCGUUCACCUGCUCCGUCUGUGGGAAGGGAUUCACUUGUUCAACUGACCUGAAGGUACAUCAGAGAGUUCACACUGGGGAACGGCCAUUCAGAUGCUCAGACUGUGGGAAGGGAUUCACUCGGUCAUCUCACCUAACCGUUCAUCAGCGCGCUCACACAGGGGAGCGACCGUUCACCUGCUCAGACUGUGGAAAGAGAUUUACUCAUUCAUCCCACCUAUUGGCACACCAGCGAGUUCACACAGGGGAGCGGCCAUUCACCUGUUCAGACUGUGGUAAGGGAUUCACUCGGUCAUCUCACCUAAUGGUUCAUCAGCGAGCUCACACAGGGGAGCGGCCAUUCACCUGUUCAGACUGUGGUAAGGGAUUCACUUGGUCAUCUCAACUGAAGGUGCAUCAGCGAGUUCACACUGGAGAGAGGCCAUACACCUGCUCAGACUGUGGGAAAAGAUUCACUCAGUCAUCUCAAGUGAAGGUACAUCAGAGAGUUCACACUGAGGAACGACCGUUCACCUGCUUAGACUGUGGGAAGGGAUUCACUCUGUCAUCUAAACUGAAGGUACAUCAGCGCGUUCACACUGGGGAGAAGCCAUACACCUGCUCAGACUGUGGGGAGGGAUUCACUUUGUCAUCGCAGCUACUGAGACACCAGUCUGUUCACACUAGCGAGAGGCCAUUCAACUGCUCAGUGUGUGGGAAGGGAUUCAUUCAGUCAUCCACACUAAUGGCUCACCAGCGAGUUCACACUGGGGAGCGGCCGUUCACCUGCUCGGACUGUGGGAAGGGAUUCACUUGUUCAACUGACCUGAAGGUACAUCAGAGAGUUCACACUGGGGAACAGCGGUUCAGAUGCUCAGACUGUGGAAAGGGAUUCACUCGGUCAUCUCACCUAAUGGUUCAUCAGCGAAUUCACACUGGGGAGAGGCCAUUCACCUGCUCAGAGUGUGGGAAAGGAUUCACUCAGUCACACCACCUACAAAAACACUGGUCAGUUCACACUGGGGAGAGGCCGUUCACAGACUCAAGCCUGAAUUAUACCUCUGUGUAGAACCCUACAGUGUAUCAUACACAGUAGCCCACGCAAGUGGCCUAUGCCAUUGUGUGCAUUUUUACUUGUGAGUUUGUGUGUCUGUGUUGCUCUGGCAAAACGCUAGUCGGCAUUGGGGUUCUAUGCUACUGUGUUGAAUUGACUCGUGGAGUUGGGAAUGAUGGCGACUGCUGAGUUCAUCUUGUUGGAUUUGGAGCUAAUAGAUGCUGUAUAAGAGUUAUUGAAAUUACUGCAGCGCAGAAAAGAGAGAAGUUUUUCCAUUUCUUUGUGCAGUCCGUGACGUCCAAACUGAUGUUUGUGGAAACUUCUUUGCACAAAUUUCAUACCAUUUGCAAGUCUUUAUAAUAUACCAAUGAAGAGUCGUACAAAUGUAGAUAUUUUCUGACUUCCUGACUUAACCUCUCCUCGAUUUGGUCCAUUUUCCCAACUUUGAAGCAACAGGAAAUCUCUAGGAGGAAAUGUGCUGUUACCAAGCAGACCAAUCACAGUUCUGGCAGUCUGUGACACACAGUUACAUUUUCGUAAGGUGUGCUUUAGGCUACAGCGUACGGUAUGGCCUAGAGUGCCGUGUCGGGUACGCGGCUACGCGGAGCGUACGGUGAAGCAUAAUUCAGGCUUCAGUGUGUGGGAAGUGAUUCACUCCGACAUCUCAACUGCAGAGACACCAGUGAGUUCACACUGGGGAGAGGCCGAUCUCAUGCUCAGACUUUGGGAAGAUAUUCCCUCAGCAAAAUCAACUUAAUGUGCAUCAUUGAGUUCACACUGGGGAGAGACCGUUCACCUGCUGUGUAUUUCAGAAGCGAUUCACUCAGUAAUCUAACCCUGUGCAACUCUUACUUCGGCUAGCAGCUAAAUAUAGGGGGUGAUAUUCCCCCAGCCCGGCCAAACUUAAGAAAUCUUGUUUGGGUGGAUGCUGUGUGACGUAUCCCCUGUUACAAAUCAGUACCCCCGCAGUAACAAACGAUACACAAUAUGUGAUUAAACGACUGAGAUGUACAAUUCUUACUUUGACGAGAUGGUUAGUGAAGUAAUGAAAAAGAAAGAAAAAAGAGCCCACUCUCUCUUCUUCUCAUCUCUCCCCAGCAAAAGGCCAUGAAAAUCUCUCUACCAGACUCACAAGAAAGAACAUUUCUGUCAUUGGAUAGUCCCACACUCCAAAACCCUGUUAUCGCUAGUCGUACCCUAAACAUUGCUGCUGCAGGGAAGCCAUUAACUCACCAGGGAAACAUUGCAGAGAGUCCACUGCAUCAGCAGUGAAACCUUACAGCGCAUUGCACUUGUGACACACUACCGGGUUCACACUGGGGAGAAAGUUUCAAUGAGUUGCAUGCUGCAUAUUUGUCCAUCACCGUUGCUGAAUGCAAUUUUGAGAGUGGUUGUGUUACGUACCCCGUAACUGGGUGUCUGACCAGCAAAGAUAGAAGAAUCCGUUGGAGUCUGGGGGUGGGGGGACAUGGGCAACUCUGCACCCUUCUGCCCAUCACAGCUGUUCAUCCUUCGUAGCAGUUGUCGGUGCUGAACUCUGCAAUUAUUGCUGCUGCUCACCACACCCAGGUCUGCACCCUGGUCACUGGGCAUGGGAGGAGUUUCAUCUGCUGCAUAUUCAUCUUUAAUGGGACUAGAUCUGUGACAAAUAAAUCAGUUGUAUUUUAAACACUGUCUCCGGUACUUAGUGAAUUUAUAACACACCUAGUGUACAGUACAGAGUCAACUCAGGCCGGCUGGACCUGAUUCUGUUCCACAACAGAACUUUCAAAUCCUCCCCUGUUGUCCACCUCUGUGGUGAUGGGUUCCAAAUUGUCAUCACUCUGGGUGAAGAAGUUUCCCUUGAAUUUCCUGCAGACUGAAGAAGUCGAGCUGACUGUAGUUCUGUCUGAGAUUUUCUUCGCCUCUCAAAUCUCUGGCUGUGGAAGAAUGACUUUGGGAGUUAACUUCCUUAUUCAGGGCUCAUUUGUCACCAUCUCGUCUGCUCAGAUCGUUAGGAUGUCUCCCAUGGAGGGUCAU